UUCUUAUUAUUAAAAAAAAAUCAAAAUAUUAACUAAUAAAUUAAAUUUUUUCAUAAAACACUCAAAAAAAAAAAAUCAAAAAUCAAAACUUCACUCACCAUUGACCCUUUUGUUUGUUAAAAUGAAAAAAAAAAAAAAUGCUAGAAUUAUAAUUAGUGUACUGAAAGUGUGCAACUCCAAAGCAUAUCAGAAAGAACUCGUAUGUGUAAACUCUACCUCAAUGUACUCUAGAGUUGUACACCGGUAAUACACGCAUCACUUCCCUUAAAAAAAAAAAAAAAAAAAAAAAAAAAACUCAAAACCUCAGUCGUUAUUGACCUUUCCAUUUUCGUUUACGCGUUUGUACGCGUCCUCAUAUUAUUAAAACCGGGGUUAUUGUUAAUUAUAGUAAUAGCUGGUCUUGAUUUUCUGGACUGAUAGUUUGGUGGGUUGAAGGUACAGAAUUGUGAGUUUACUGUUUGGGAGAAGUUGAGCUUGUCAGAGAUUUAAGAAUGGCGGCAGGCCAACUCGUGGGCUCCGAGAUUCAUGGAUUCCAUACUUGGGAAGAUUUAGAUUUUGAGAAUAUUAUGCGUUCACAUGCCGGAAAAAGAUGGCUAGGCCAUCAUGAAGUUCAUGCAAUACUGUGUAAUCACAAGGAUUUGGAUCAUUUGAUCAGCGUCAAUACCAAUCAAGUGCACAUGCCCAAAAGUGGCACUAUUCUACUUUUUGACCGUAAGAUUCUUAGGAACUUCAGGAGUGAUGGUCAUAACUGGAAGAAGAAAAAGGAUGGGAAGACAGUCAAUGAAUCCCAUGAACGCUUAAAAGUUGGUAAUGAAAAAAGGAUCCAUGUAUACUAUGCGCGUGGGGAAGAAAACUCAACCUUUGCUCGCAGGUGUUACUGGCUUCUUGACGAGAACCUACAACACAUAGUCCUUGUUCAUUAUCUUGAGGAAUCUGGCGACAAAGACUGUUUAGGGCCUGGUGACAAUUUAACUGUCCAGAAUCAUGAAGGGAGGCGUCAUAAGAUUAACUCAAUACAAUUCAACUGUCAAGUGGAUUGGAUGAUGCCGCAGAAGAGAAAGCGAGAGGAUGUGAAGGCCCAGCCAGAAGGGUGUGGUUCUGUGGAUAAGCGUAGGAGGCUUCCUACUUUCAGGAAUGUGGUCUGGGAGGUUAUAAAGAUGCAAUCAGUCCAGAAUCUUGUGGAGCCAAUUAUAGGGCCCUUGAUUCAUAGAUUGGUCAAAGAGCAAGUUGAAAUUGCCCUAAGAAAGCCUCCAGACAGCAUGAAACAGCAAGAAAUGAUACUCUGGAAUUGUGGGAAUGAGGUACAUACUUCGGAGUCAAGAAGCUUACAGCUAAAGUUCAUUAACAACCUCUCUGUUCCAGUAUUUACUGGAGUUCGAAUUGAAGGAGAAGAUUGUUCUACCAUACAAGUAGCUUUGGUUGAUGCUCAUACUGCACAACCUGUAACUUCUGGGCCAGCAUCCUCUGGCGAGGUGGAAAUUGUAGCUCUUGAGGGUGAUGAGCAUGACAAUUGGACAGCCAAAGAGUUUCAAAACAACAUUGUGAGAGAGAGGGAAGGAAAGAAACCCCUACUUACAGGAGACAGGUUUGUAUAUCUUAAAGACGGCACUGGUGUGGUGGGUGAGAUUUCUUUUACAGAUAAUUCAAGCUGGACGAGAAGCCAUAUGUUCAGGCUAGGGGUAAGAUUUAUUGACAACAUUGAGGGAAUUAGAGUAAAAGAAGCAAAGACAGAGCCUUUUUAUGUCAGUGAUCACCGCAGAGAAUUGUUCGAACACUGGGAGAAGUUCAUCCCUUAUGAUGAGGAGGCCAGCUCUUCACACUUAACCAAUGUUCAGUACCCGACAGAGAGUUCCAAUGGGAGCAAGUUUUUGGCUACUCACAAGAUUGGUGACUUUGAUCAUACCCAACAAUGUGCGCCUUCUCCAGAUAUCUUUGCAACCAUCUAUCCGAUUAGGGGUUUGGAUGAGCAUGCCUUGCACAAUAUUGACAGUAUGGGUCUCAGAUAUGACCAGGCUUUGAGUUUCCCAGGCCAAGUCACCAGCUCCCUAAUUUGUGACAGGACAGAUCCCAUGACUCAAGCUUUCUGUGAUGAGGAUUUUCUGCAAUAUUUUGAUACUGCCGAUCACUCUCAGAACCUCGAGUUAGAAUCAUCCUUGGAUCUACAAAGUCCCGUCGACGACUUCCACUUGGCGGCACCUUCUAUAACUGUUGCUCAGAGAUGGACAAAGGUAUUCAGAACAAAGGUAAUCAGCGUGUGUAAAUGGUUCUCAAUUUUGAAGGUUAUUUCGUAAAAAAUGAAAUUGGGUUCGGGAAAAUUAGAGAUACAGUAAUCGAUUAAAAGAAAGAAAGAAAGAAAAAGAGAGAGAGAGUGAUUGCUGCCCAUAUAAUUUUGCGUGCAGUUGUAGGGUGUAUAAACGGAGUGGUUAUAACCGUUUUAAAGUCGCUAACCGCAUAACCGCUAACCGCUUAGGCGGAAGCGGUUAGGCAGUUAGCGGUUAUAGGGUUUGGGAAAAGCGGUUAAUAUAAUUUUGGAUUUGUAAUGUUUGGGUUUUGGAUUUGUUUGUAUUUGGUUAUUUGGAUUUGUUAUGUUUUAGAUUUUUAUUUGUAUUUGUACUUGGAUUUGGAUUUAAAACCUGUACUAAAACCGAUCCAAAACCCAAAUUGAAAAGCGGUUAAACAACCGCCGGUUAUCUACUCAAUAACUGCUAACCAGCGGUUAUAAAAUUAACCGCCUCCGCCUAGGUGGUUAGCGGUUGUAAUUAGUAAAAUGCAAUUACUGCCUAGGCGGUUAGUGGUUUUAGCCAAUAAUCGUCGGUUAUAACCAUUUGUACACUCCUAUCAGUAGUGAGACAUAUUAACUGUUUACAUGUAUAUUAUUGAUUGUUUAUUA